AUGGACGGAAGCCGAAAGGUGAAGGAAGGCGCUAAGGAUUGUGGGGCAGCUAACCAGGAGCAGGAAGCCGCUUGUGGCGCCACUGGCCAAAGCCCGCAUGCGCUGAGUCAGCCCACUGCUGGCGUCUGGUUUCCUAGCAACGACAACGUUUCCCGAAUUCUUCUGCUCUGUCUAGAGGAAGGAGACAUGUGCAUCACUGAAGACCUUAUCACUAAAAGGAACUUGACUUUCCCAGAGGAGAUUGACCUAUCGCAGAAGAUGUUUCACACCCUUGCUGAACUGCAGACUGUCCGCCUAGAUCGAGAGGGGAUAACCUGUAUCCGGAAUUUAGAGAGCCUCCAGAAUAUUCACAGCCUCUAUCUGCAGUCGAAUAAAAUCCAGCAAAUUGAAAACCUGGCCUGCAUCCCCUCCUUGCGCUUUCUGUCUCUGGCGGGAAAUUGCAUCAAGAGAGUGGAAAACCUUCUCGAUCUGCCUCACCUUCAGUUUCUGGACCUUUCUGAGAAUCAGAUAGAUACACUGAAGCUGGAUGAGUUCCCCCAGAGCCUUCUCAUCCUCAACCUGACUGGAAACAACUGCACCAAACAGAAUGGAUACAGGGAGCAGGUCAUAGGGGCCCUGGCUCUGCUGCUGGACCUGGACGGGAAACCAGUGCCAGAGCGCUGGGCCUCAGAUGAGGAGGAGGCAGUCUUGGAUGAUGAAGAUGAUGACGAGUUCCCAGAGCUGAGUGGCCCAUUCUGCUCAGAGCAAGGCUUCCUCGAGGACCUGGAGCAGGAGAUAACCAGGCACAAGGAACACAGGCAGCAGGCAGCCCUGACCGAGCACCUCCAGAGGAUGGAGACCCAGCUCAUACUCACGAACCUGCCCUUGCUGCCCGAGAAGCCCAUGGCUGGAGACAGCAGUCUGUCCAACUCACAUGGGCAAGAGAAGAAAACACCCAAGACAGCCACUCAGCCCAUCCCUUUACCCCUGACAGGCUCUAUCACCAAGAUGCCUUCCUCUCGACAUCUGGGCCAGCAAGGCACUGCCCAGGCACAGAAGGGGGCCAAGGCAGCUGCAGCUCCCAAGGCUUCCCUGUCUUGGGCCCUCAGCACAACCAAGAAAACCAAGAAGUAA